ACAAAAAUUUUGGCGUGGCAGGUGGCACAUACGCCUGCCAUCGCACCGAUUACUUUGCUUAGGCUUUCAGUACCGAAUCUUGUGAUGAGUGGGGAUAAUUAGGUGCGAGAGGUUGCUAGAAUCCCUACUGCUGUAGGGUGGGUCACAUAUGACUGCUGGGGGGGUUACAGCUUCCUCCACCGUCAAUUCCAUGCAUAUGAAACAAAUAACUGGACAAUCCCAUACUUGACGUAUACUGGUAACAGGAUGAUAAAAAUGAUAUCUUAGCCUUUCACUGUGAUAUAUUGGAUUUUUGUUCUCCUUGUGAUAAUUCUAGUUGGCAUAAAUCUCCAUUUAUUAUUAUGCUUUCAUAAAAAUGUAAUAUUAAAUUCCUGUUCUAUUAUCAUGUCGCAUCAUUAUAGUUUUGCCUAAAAUUCGAGUCUUUACGGAGCAGACUAUCUUUUUUAUGCAAAUAAUUGAUGUUUUUUGGUAUAAAAUUGCAUGUAUCUUUUAUUCUAAUCAUGCAUUCUGAGAUGGAGGAUGGUGGGUAUAGAGAGAAUAAUGUAUCUCUCCAUUAUUAUCAAAAUCCUACCUAUUUCUGGCAAUCACAAUGUUCCACAAUUCGAGGUCCUUCAUCAUGUUUAGUACAGCAACCUGGACCAGGAAUUUAUCCAACUACGGAUCAGAGGCAACCAAGAGCACAAAUGAUGAUGGCUCAAAGAGGAGGCUAUUAUUAUCAACAGAUGCCACCCCCAAGAUAUCAGAGCCCGCAGGCACCUGCAACAUCUCCAUCAUAUUAUCCGAAUCAAGGUACUCAGUUUCAGUGGCCUCAUGGACAGCAAAUGCAGCCACAGCAGCAACAUAUGUAUAAUUCUCCUUAUGCUCCGCAGUUCGCUCGACAACAACAACAACAAAUUCCGCUUCCGCCUUCUCAACAAUUGAUACCACAGCAGCCCCAUCAGCCGCCUCAACCUAAAAAACAAAGAGUAAAAAUCACGAUUAAGGAUCCGACUACAAAUCAAGAUGUUACCGAAAGCAUAUUAAAGGGUUCAAGAACGGCAUCAUUAUCCACGCCUCCCUCUGGACGUUCAAGUGCUACUCCUCCAGCGAGUGAUGUUUCUGCAGAGUUUGCAGCAAAAGUGGCUGCUGCUAUUGGAACAUCCAAACCUCAACCUAUGAUUGUUGGUUCGCCGGGUGGAGUGGUGGCCGGUAUGCCACCUGGAAAUCCAGCUAUCAUGAACGUGCAACGUGUUACUCCGUCUUCUUCGCCGAGGCCUCCUCACAUGCCACCACCUAUUCAACCAAUGAUGAGUACCCAGUUUAUGCACCCAAGUCAAAAACAUAGUUCUCCUGGAAAUAUACAGCCUCAGAUGAUGAGCCCAAUGUAUCGAACGAACGAAACACAACCAUCACAUCCGACUGCGUACCAGCUUCCACCCACUGCUCAAAAUCAAGUGUACGGAACAUCUCCAAUGUCUGGCAACAUCCAGCCUGGUCAGGUUGCCACAAAUAUGCCCGAUAAUGUCCAUACAUGUUCUGUUCCGGCACAAGCUGUCAAUAUACCAAGCAGUAAACCACCUGUUGCCUUAACUCCAUCGUCCAAUUUAGUAACAGGGCCGCCUAUUCGUCCAAUCGCUCCAGUUCCCAUACCUACAAAUGUACAAGUGCUUACGAGAACUAACCAGCCUAAAGAAGCUGGUAUUGCUCUGGUUCAAGAAAAUGAUUCCGCUGCUCCCAUUUUGCCUAAACCAGUGCAAACUGUUGAUAUAAAACCAGAUGCUAAUAUUGAAAAAAAAGAAAUGAAACCUAAUUCAGUCCAAGAGCCAGUUACUGGUGCUGAACCAUCUCCUGUUUUGCCCCAGGCAUCGGAGGUAGUCGAAAAAUCAGAGCAGGUCGACUCGGAGCCUAAAUCCACUGAAUUUAGUACCUCUGAUAAAUCAUCCAAAACUGCUUCAACGAAACCAGGUAUUGAAAAUGCUCCAUCUGAUUCUACAAAACUGGAAGAAUCUACAAACAACAAAGAAACUGAGGAUGCUGCAAUUAAAUUACCAGAAAAAGAGAACAUUGUCCAAUCUGUACCGGAUGUAACAGAACCACCUAUUUCAAAAGAUGAUGGAAAAGUGGUUGAAGUUCUGCCAGCUUCAACUGCAAAUGAAAUCACUGUUGAAAAAGAUUCCCCUCAGGUAGAUACUAAUUUAACAACGGACACCGGUAAAGGUGAACCAUCUGCAGAUGUUCCUACCAAACCUGCAGAAGAAACCCCCAAGGUAAAGAUAGUUCCUGCUACACCUCCUACUAAAGUUGUUAAUAAGAAUACAGAGGAGCAAAAAGCACCGGUACCAUCAGCAAAGAUUGUUGAUCCAAAGACUGAGACCAAACCAGAGCCUGUACAGUAUCAGGUUAAGGUUACUGAGACAAAAGAUAAGGAGUCUGGGGCUCCUACGGUUACGUCACCAGAACCUCCUAAGUCAACUGGAGUGGUAUCACCGCAACUGGACAGUAGUAAGCAGUUUAAAAAAGAGGAAUCGGAGAGUAAAAAGUCAAAAACGGUAGCAACCAAGCAGCCAUCCUUACAGGAGACUGAAAAAUCUGCAGUUAAUGGUGUUUCUACGGAAGCCGCUCAUAAAUCUGUUGAGUCGAAUACAAAAGAAGAAAAAGUGGCUGAUGCAGCAAAUCCUAAAACAUCAAAGAAUGCUGAAACGAAGACUCCUGAAUCAAAACCUCAAACAAAAGAGGACUCGACACACCGAAGAACAUCUUCAUCAAGUGAAAAAGUUGGAAACAAGACAACUGAUACAGGAAAGACAAAUGGUGUAAUUGAAAAUUCCAAGGCUCUCAACAUCAAAUAUGAUGACGAUCAAUGGAGCCCAAAUAACCCCAGGGGUAAGAGGCAUUACGACAGUAAUUUUCUGCUGCAGUUUCAGUAUAAACCAACAUCUCUUGAAAAACCGAAAGAUUUGCCAGAUAUUGACAUUGUUUUGGAACAGCCUCAUAAGAGACUUGCUGGACCAAUGACGCAAAUGGAAUAUCGUGGUGGAGGGGGAUCAGAUUUUACUCCAAAUUACAUGCAACAAAGGUCUGGAAAUAGGAGUGGAGGCAGACAAAGAUCUCAAGAUCAUAGACGACCAUCUCGUACAAUGGGUCCGAAGAUCAUUCAGAAAGUCGUCUCCAUCGAUCGGCCAGAGGUUCAGCUCAAACGAACUGACAAUGCAUGGAAACCAACAAAACUUGACUCAAGUACUAAGCAGUCGCCGGAAGAAAAGGAAUUCAUGGAAAUACAAAGAGAAGUUCGGGCAGUAUUGAAUAAAUUGACUCCAUCAACAUUCCCAAAACUUAUAAAACAAGUUCUUGAAAUGAAAAUAGACACUGAGAGAAAACUUCGAGGAGCAAUUGAUCUCGUUUUUGAAAAGGCAAUUGAUGAGCCAAAUUUUUGUGAAGUAUAUGCAAACAUGUGUCGUCAAAUGACUGCCCUGCGAGUUGCACCAGAGCUGCCACAAAGCCAAGAACAACAACCUGCGCAACCACCACCCCCUGUUGAGUUUCGUAAACUGCUUUUGACAAAGUGUCAAAAAGAGUUUGAAAAGAACAAAUCUGAUCAAGAACAUUUACUUGAAAUGAAAAAGAAAUUAGAGGAAAAUACGGACGAGGAAGUUGCACCUCAACUAAAAGAGGAAUAUGAUCUUGCUGAAGCAAAAGAACGCCGUCGAACGCUGGGAAAUAUUCGAUUUAUUGGUGAACUGUUCAAGCUACGAAUGUUAACUGAAAACAUUAUGCAUAGCUGCAUUAUGUCACUGUUCAAAGCUCGUGAUGACGAUCACCUCGAAUCUCUAUGCAGAUUAUUGACAACAAUAGGCAAAGAUCUUGACCAUGUCAAGGGGAAGCAACGUAUGGAUCAAUACUUUACCCAAAUACAAAGAGUUAUUCAAGAGAAAAGAACAUCGGCUAGAGUUCGAUUCAUGCUUCAAGAUGUAUACGAUCUCAGACUUAACUCCUGGGUACCACGUGCAAUUACGGUACAAGGACCGAAAACUAUAACUCAAAUUCAUCAGGAUGCGAAAGAAGAACAAGAAUUACUGCAACUCAAAAUUGCAACUGCACCUUCUGUACCGCAACCUAUGAAACAGGGAAGUCGUUCUGGCGGCCGAUUGGGAAGUCGAGGUCACGGGGGUGAAGAUGGUUGGACAAAAGUCCAAACGACUCCAAAACCAACUCGUUACGAUCCGAGUAAAAUGAAGCUGAAAACAAAUCAAUUCGAUGAAAAUAAAGUGACACUUGGUCCUCCGACUCGAAAUUUCGGAGGUUGGAAAUCUGGUAGCAGUACAGGUGUUUCAAAAACUGGUUCUGGAAGUUAUUCACCAUCUGCCUCCAUGGACAGGACACCGGAGACUGGUGGCAGGUCCAGCACACCAACCAGUAUGAUGAAUAGAUUUUCUGCCCUCGGCCAACAACAACAACAACAUCCGGAUUAUGAAUAUCAAAGAAGACAAGGAGGGAGGCAAUCAAGUCGCGAAGGAACCCGUUCUGGAUCGAGAGGUUCGAUGGGACCACCAUCAGCUUACGGAUCUGGUGGUCGUACCCCAAGAAAGGAAGAGAGAACGUCUGCAUUGGAAACUGCCCGUAAAUUAACAUCAAAAGAAAGAAGCUUCGAAGGAAAACCUAAAACAUCUAGAGAAUCCAGUCCAUCUCUACGGCCGCAACGUUCAUCAUCUCAACAAAAGCAACAACCAAGUCAUAAUUAUAAUACUGAUCUUGAUGAAGAAAAAAUGCAAGCUAAGAGUAAAAGCAUUCUCGAGGAAUUUUUGAGUAUUGUUGAUUACAAGGAAGCAACAGAAUGUAUAGAUGAACUGAACGCUCCUCCAUCUUUAUUGCAUUCGCUUGUCUUUAUUGCUCAUGAAUUCACUCUAGAGAAGAACACGACUGCUCGAACAAAUAUAGGAAGACUCAUGGCGCAUUUAUUAAAACGAGGAAAACUGUCUGCGGAACAGUAUAUUAAAGGUUUGAUGGGGUUGUUAGAAAUGGGACCGGACUGUGAAAUCGACAUUCCCAAAGUUUGGGAAUAUAUUGCUGAACAGAUGGCUCCUGUUUUUGAAGAUGAAAGUGAAUCAGAUAUAUCAUUAUCUUGUUUAAAUCAUCUUUCAUUUCCACUUCAAGAAGAAGAUAAAUCCGGAAUAUUUGUUGCGGAAUUUGUAAAAGCAGUGAUAAAGAAUGUUACAAUGGCGACAUUCGUACUUCGGUGGCGAAGAAACAAUAUGGUUUGGUCUAAAAUUCUUGGCAAAGACAAAACUUAUACAGAGCAGUUUCUAUCGCAACAUAAUUUACAAGAUUUAUCAGACCUAACGGGAAACCUACAAGAAGUUUCUUCUUCGUCAGAAGAUAAGCAAUACAGAUUAGAGCAAGAAAUUACGAAACUGCUAGAAUCGAAUAAAACAAAUGAACAAAUAUUCGACUGGGUUGAUACGAAUGUUUCUUCUAAUGAAGUCAAACAACCUGUAUUUAUUCGUGCUUUGACGAUAGGAGUCUGCAAGAAAGCUAUUGAUAUGAAAUUAAUGACUGUAGACAAAAAGAAGAUGACAGAUUGGAGCAUUUUAUUGAAGAAAUAUAUUGAAAAUGUUCCAGAUAGAGAAUUACAAGCUUUAUACGGUCUUCAAUACUUGAUGGUUAUUUUAGAACAGCCUCCAAAUGUGCUCCGAACUUUUUUUGACGUUUUGUAUGACAUGGAUGUCAUUGUUGAAAGUUCAUUUAAUAAUUGGAAGGAUUCAACUGAUCCUAACGAGCAAGAUGGUAGAGGAGUUGCCUUGGCUUCAGUCAAUCCAUUUUUCACGUGGCUUCGUUCAGCAGAACCAGAGAGCGAUUAACAAAUGACUUUUUUGUUGAUUGAUGGAGGGAAUGCUGAAAAUGAUGGAAAAUUGCUUGCUGGGUUGGAUUAAUUUGUGUGCGGUAGAUAAUUAUCAUGAAAAAUGUAACCGUUUAUUAAAUGGUGGCGAAACCCUAGAUGGUGAUGGUUGCUUUUAUUACAAGCAAGCAAUGGAGCAAAGACUCUUCCCUCGAUAGCGUUUUUCCAUGUCUUUUGUUUCUUACAGAUGACUUUUUACUUGUAAUGUGUUAUGUAGAUCUAUUUAUAAGCUCGAUAUGUGUCAAUUUGCGUCAUGCAGAAGUUUUCGUUCGUGAUUAUUAUUAUUACAGACUCGUAGUGAUUGCUGCUGUCCUGUUAAUUUAAGUUUAAUCUAUAGACAAUUGAAUUGAAUGACUUGUAAAAGGUGCCAAAUUUCAGCAUUUGCCACACAAGUUUGUUCGAGAUUUAACUCAGAUUUUUGCAAACUCAUUAUGGUAAAAUAGUUUUGAAUAGUAACAAAACUGAAACCUCUGAAGUAAUACCUUUAUCAUCAUAUCUCAUCAAGUGUGAUGGAUGUUUUCCGAAUGAUUUCGAGUUUGUUUACAGAGAUUUUUUGAUAUCUGAAUUAGAAGUUAUAUCUGUGUUUGGCACUGUUGAACUCAUCUUUCAAUAUUUUUCAUCUUCUUUAGGCAAGAACCUUUGUUUGUUUUCCCGAGUAAUUUACUCUUUACUUUUCGUGAUUUAUUAUAUGUUUAAAUGCUUUGUUUUGAGAAGCUAGAAUUGAUAAUUGAGAGCAUUGGAUUGGAUACCUUAGAUUAGACAAAGAUAUUUGAUAGUGACCAUCUCCUAAUUUUGAAUUUUUUUUUGCUUCCAAUCAUUUCCUUUUUUGCAUGCUUAUCAACCAAUGGUUGAAUAUCUACAAUGGUGCGGGCUCCGAAAAGACUAUAUUGUUGUGAACUGAUUACCAUGUGUGAAAUGUAACAGAUUCUAGGAAUACGUGAUUGUUUCAAAAUUCGUGUCAUUAUGGUAAUAAGUUAUUCAAAUGUCGCUUCAUUUCUAUCACAAAUAAGAUGAAAUUGGCGUUCCUGAAGUAUGCGCACCAAGAUGAUGCACAACUUCAUCUUGGUGCACAUGCUUCGGAAGCAUCAAUAAAUUGCGGUAAAUUGUUUUUUAAUCCUGUGUAAUUCGUCCAUGCUGAGAUUCAGGGCUGGCAGUCUGAAUCUAUUCAGCAGUGAUAUUUAGAAACGAUUGUCCUAUUUUAUUUGUUCGUCAUUAUUCCUAUCAGCCAAAUUCCUUGGACAUGUAAUGUUUUUGGAAUUUCAAUGUCUAUACUAUGAACUUUAACGAGUACAAACAUAUUUUCUGGGUGAACCAUGUUUAGUUUUUGUGGCCGACUGAAAAAUGUAGAUACUAUGGCUGAUUCUUUGAAAUGUAAUUAUUGACUUCGUUCAUUAUGUACAAAAACAAUUAAACUGAAAUACAGAUUGUGACACAGAAA